AUGAAGCUACACUUAGCCUCUUGGCUGGUGUGCGCUCUCGCGACUGCCGAUGCGGUUGGGGCGUCUAACUGGUUUAGCAAAGCUAUCUACAACAAGUGGCAUGAGACCGAGCUAGAGCGCUGGCUUUCCGAUCAUGAUAUCCCAUAUCCUUCCCCGGCGGAUCGCAAGAAUCUCGAAGACGCCGUAAAGUCAAACUGGGACGUCAGGGUACAGAAGCCGCUUGGACAAUACACCGACCAGGCUGCUGAUCGCUGGGAAAGCACCAAGGAAUGGGUUUUCGAUACAUGGACGGACUCCCAGCUCAAGGCUUUCCUUGACCGACAUGGCAUCCCUGCUCCCCAGCCGCGCCGACGUGACGUUCUUCUCAAGGCAGCACGUGAAAACUACGAGUCCAUUGCAAAGAAGCUCGGCGAAGCCGCUCAUUAUCCCGGAAACUGGCUGUACGAGCAGUGGAGCGAGUCUGAUUUGAAAGCGUGGCUUGAUGAGCGCGGGUGGCCUGUUCCACAGCCUACUACACGGGAUCGGCUGAUCGCAGCUGUCCGUCGUAACACCCGGCUGGCCAGUUUACAAGCGAAGAACAUUGCGGCUUCUGUCGUCCACUCGGCCAACGCAGCGCAAGAAACCUUGAGUGAAGCCCUCUUCAACGCUUGGUCAGACUCCGAUCUUAAGAAAUUCUUGGACGAGCAUGGCAUUCACGUCCCACAAGGUUCCAAGCGCAACGAGCUCAUAGCCUUGGCACGCAAGCACCGCGCUGCUCUUGUUGACCAAGUCUCUUCUGCCUCCUCGACCGCAUCCGACUAUAUCGGCGCUGCUACAUCCAGGGCUGGUAACGAAUAUGCUCAGGCCACUGAUAACGCGCAUUACAAGGCCCAGGAAGCAUUUGAUACUGCCAUCGAAGCCUGGUCUGACUCAAGACUGAAAGCUUUCCUUGAUGCUCGUGGCGUUCCUGUCCCUCAGAAUGGAAAGCGGGACGAGCUUCUUGCUCAGGUGAGAUUGAACAAGCAUAAGGCCGCUACCGGCUGGAAUGCCUGGACCUUUGACACCUGGGACGUCGAACACUUGAAGAAGUACCUAUCUUCUAUCAACUCAAAGGUCGCGAACCGUGCCGGAGUCACUCGUGAUGAACUCGUGAGAGAAGCACAAAGCUCCUUCGACAAGGCCACGAAAGCCGGUGGAUCUCAGCUCGAGUCUGCGAUUUCCUACAUCAAGGAAGCUGCUGCAAGCGCCAAGGACUCAACCUUUGAUACCUGGUCUCACUCCGAUCUGAAGCAGUAUCUCGAUUCCUACGGCGUGCCAGUUUACCAGGGUUCUCAGCUGAAUGAGCUGCGCGCCGCUGCUCGACGAAAUGCCCACUACUUCAAAUAUGGUACCUCAACUCCCCAGGGAGCGCUUUACGCCAAGUUUAGUGGGGCCGUGCAGUGGGUAAUGGAUCAGCUAAAGAUUGGAGCGGCCAGUGGUAGAGCACAGGGACAGGAGACUGCGGAGAAGCUCAAGCACAAGGCUGGAGAGACUGCCGAAGAGAUCCGAUCUGAGUUGUAA